AUGGGAUCAAUCAGCUUUACCAAUCCCUAUGCGAUUGAAGUGAUUCGGACAAAGAAAAAUGAGCUGGUCAGUGGAAUUUCCAAUACAGAAGAUUUACUGGACCUUCUCAUCGCAAAUGGAGUCCUUCAACCCGACAGCCGAGCAAUGAUGUCCAGCAUUACAGCACAAGAAGAGAAGAACAACAGAAUGUUAAACAUCUUAAUCUCAAGAGGGGAGCGCGCCUGCCGCAUCUUCUUCUAUCCUUGUCUAAAACGAGUGGAACCUGUCCUGUAUCAGCACAUGAGGACAUACGUCGGUGGGGUUAAUGAGGGCAUUAAAGAUGCACGUAGGCAGCUAAUCGGAUAUCUGAUAGAAAAAGAUAAACAAAGUCAUGUCAAACACUCAAAAUCAAACAGGGAACCUCCCCCCGAGAGAAGUCAACCGAAGACUGUAAGAAACGAGGCUUCUUCUUUUGAAAAACCAAAAGAAAUCCCUAAACCUGAAAGUGAUCAGGAUGCCAUCUUCAAAGCUGUUUCCAACGGUGAUCUGUAUCUCCUGCAGGAUCUUAUCAAAGGUAUGGAUAUCAACAGGGCUCACUGGUCUGCUGAUACCCUUCUGCACCUCGCUGCUGAACAUGGUAAGGAGGCCAUCAUAUACUUUUUGUUAAGACAGGGGGCUGAAUUGAAUUUUAAAGACAAAGAGGGCCGUACUGCCUUGCACAGAGCGUCAGAGAGGGGUCACACUGGUGUUGCUCUCGCCCUUGCAAAAGCUGGGGCUGAUAUUCAUGCUAAAGACCAAGCAUCAAAGACUCCCUUGCAUCUAGCUGCCCAAAAUGGACAUGAGAGUACUGUCAAAGCUCUGGUGCUAGAGGAGCAGAAUUUUUUUAAGAAUCAGACGACAGUUUUACACAUGGCUGCCAUCCAGGAUGAUGCAACCCUAGCAGAGGUUCUUCUGCGAAAUGGUGCUUUAGUAGAUACCAGAGAUGGACACAGAAAAACUGCUCUCUAUCACGCUGUACACCAUGGAAAUGAGAAAACCGCUGCAGUUCUGUUGAAGGCUGGAGCUCAGGUGGAAUCUGUGAUUGUGGAUGCUGCGUUUAAGCUGAACAGAAAGUCUUUGUUGUCUUUGUUUUUCCAGUACGUGGAGAAGUCUAUGUCCCUGAAUGAAAUAAACUCUGCUCUUUUCAAAGCGGUGCAGAUGAAUUUGGAUGAGGUUGUGGCUGCACUCAUUGAUCACGGUGCGGAUAUUAAUUGUUGUAAUGAGCUUGGAUACACACCUAUGCUGCUGGCCACAGAGCUGGGAAACACAGAGGCUUUCAAAGUGCUGGUUACAAGAAAGGCCAGACUGGAUGAGAGACUUCCAAACCAGAUCUCCGGUCUUCACCUGGCCAUCCAGAGUGGCAGUAUGCAAGUGGCACAGAUACUGUUGGAUAAGGGCAUAGACCCCAACAUCAAUGGCCCUAAAGAUCAGACACCUCUACAUUUAAGUGCAAUACAUAACCAGCCAGCUUUUAUGGGGCUUUUGUUGCGUAUGGGGGCUGAAAUUAACUCUAUCACCCAGGAAGGACUCACUGCCCUGCACCUUGCAAGCAAGAAUGGUCACAGGGAAGCUGUCGCACAGCUUCUGGAGCGCAAGGCGGACAUUCACGUUAAAGACAAACAGGGAAGAACAGCCCUGCACUGGGCGGCAACACAGGGCGAGGUGGGCGUCAUACAGCUGCUACUCAAUGCAGGAGGUAAUCCCAACGCCCCCGAGAAAGAGAAAAAGACACCACUACACCUGGCUGCAAUGGAGGGUCACACUAAGGCGGUUUCUGUACUGCUGUCUGGUAAAGCUAAAGUUGGAGCUAAGGACAUGGAUGGCUGUUCGCCUUUGCAUUAUGCUGCUGGAACAGGGAAGCAUAAAACAGCAGCAGUUCUUCUUGCAACUAGUAAGAGAAAGAAUGUGGAUGAUAAGAACGUGUGGAGGAGGACUUCUCUACAUUUAGCUGCAGAACAUGGACAUGACCUGCUGGUAGAGCUACUGCUGGAGAAUGGUGCUAAGAUCAACACUCUGGAUAACAAUAAAGACAUGCCGCUGCACUGUGCUUGCCGCGCCGGACAUGUGGGAACAGUGCAGAGACUGGUGAACUGGACACAUGGAGAGCGAGCAAACUUACAGGCAACUAAUAAUGUGAAUAAAACGCCCCUUCAAGUGGCAGAGUCUGAUGAUACAGAGGCCCACCAGAGCAUUUGUACUCUGCUGAAGAAGAAAAUGUUCCUUGUAAAAUAG